AUGCAGCGCGAACGCGAUGAUCGCGAGGGGCGCGAGCUCAAGCGGGAGCAGAAGAAGGCCGCAAAGAAGGCGGCCCGCGUGCAGACGGCGGCCACCGCCAAGGCGGCCUUGCUCCAGUGGCGCUUCCUGAUCAAGCAGGACGACCCGAUCGAUGAGGACACCUUCGACGUGACGCUGCUCGCAAGCUGCCCCCCGGAGCUGCGAGUGGACUCCAUCGUCACGGCCGAGGAUUGGGGCCGCCUCGAGCCGUACCUGCGCGAGUCGUUCGAGAUUCCCACCUCUGUCAAGAUCGGCCUGCAGGGCAAGGUGCUGCUCAGCGGCAAGCAGGCGCUCUUCUUCAAGGUCCGCGACCAGCCCACGCUGUCCACCGCGCACUUUCAGAUCGAGCGGCUGGGCCAGCUGCUUGUGGACGAGACGGAGGUCACGGUCGAGGUCGAGAUCUGCGCUGUGGAUGUGGGCAAGAAGCUCAAGGCCAAGUCCAAGCCGCGCACGCGCAAGCAGGAGCAGGCCUCCACCACCAAGCUCGACGAGCUUAAAAGCUCCAUCUACGGCGUGACGGCCUCGACGCGCAGCUACGUGACCGGCUCGUGGAAGCCCGCAUCGAGCGACAUCAUGCGGUCGGAGCCAGAGUACCUGGCCAAGUAUUUUGAGGGCCGUGGCCUCACGGAGAAGGUGAUGGGCAACGCCGACUACCACCCGAGCCCCGUGGUCCUCAUCUGCCCCUUCGACUCGUGCAAGAAGAGCCACCGCGUGCUCAAUGGCGUGAGCGCCGUGUCGCAGCUGAGCUACGAGUGCUUCGCAAGCGGCUCGAGCGGCUCGAGGCUCAAGCCGCCCAGCCCGCCGGCCGCCGCACAGCCCGACGGGGGAGACCCCCCACCGGGCGGCGGUGGCGGCGGCGGCGACGGCGGCGGAGCGGGCGGCAAGGCGGCCAAGGACCGCGAGCGGGUGCGCCCCGACCCUCCCACCCCCCCAGACUCCGACGCCGACUCGUCGGAGGACGACGUGGGCGGCGGUGGUCACCGCGGCCCCCCCCGCCUCGGCGGCGGCGUCGGUCGCGACGAUGCUGUCGGCGAGCUGUUCGGCGGCCACAAGCUUGCCUGCGACUACGACAGCGACAACCCCUUCGAGCGGAAGCGCGGACUGCAGCUGCGGACCUCGCACUACGCACCAGCGGCGGGCGGCGGCGACACCGUGCACGCAGAGCUGCACCGCAAGCUCGGGGCCGCGAACUGUUCGAAAAACUGGGAGAUGACAUCGAGCGAGAUUUCGCCGCCCCUCACUUCGCCCCCGGGCCAAGCCUCCGUCGCGGCGAGCCUCGUCGAGGGCGCGUCUCCGCGUGCUCUCGUUUCGGCUCGGCGUUCCAACGGGCCUCGCGCCCCACGUGCACCCAUGGGCAGCCAAUCAAUCGGCGAUCGGCUCAGCGUGGUGCUGACGUUAAACCACUUCAAACUGCUCGCGGACGGGAGUGUCCCAGAGUACGCUGCCGAUGUGAUGCUUGCCUCACUACUCCGGUAUGCGCCCGCCCUUGCCAAGUGCCCCAAGCUUCUGCUCAUCUGCAAGCGCAACCGCUACGGCCAGUCCGCACUCCGGUUCGCGGAGCAAGCUGGGCACCGAACCAUCGCGACGUUGCUGACUGAAGCAGGGCACUCUCCUCUCUCGACUGUGUCGGCGCCGAGAGCGGACACGACAGCUGCUGCGAAUAUUGCCGUGAGUGUGGAGGAUGAGGUCAAGGGUUCGAUCAUUGCCGCAGAGUCAUUGAGCGCAAAGCUUGCUUUACAUCGGACUGUGGCUGCGGCGACGGACGACGCGGCAGCGCAGGCGGCGGCGAAGGCAGCGGAAGAGGCGGAGGCGAGGGCGAUGGCGGCGGCGGAGGCGAAGGGGGCGGCGAAAGCCAAGGCGGCGGCGAAGGCGGCGGCUGAGGCGAAGGUGGCGGGCGUGGCCAAGGCGGCAACGGAAGCCAAGGCGGUUGAUAAGGCAAAGGCGAAGGCGAAGGCGGCGACGGAAGCCAAGGCAGCGGCGGAGGCGGAGGCGAAGGCGGCGGCAGAGGCGGAGGCGAAGGCGGCAGCGGAGGCGGAGGCGGCAGCAGAGGCGAAGGCGGAGGCGGUGGCAGAGGCGAAGGCGAAGGCGGCAGCAGAGGCCAAGGCGGCGGCGAAAGCCAGGGCGGCUGCCGAGGCCAAGGCGGCGGCGGAAGCCAAGGCGGCUGCCGAGGCCAAGACGGCGGCGGAGACGAAGGCAGUUGCCGGGGCAAAGCCUACUGCGGGGGCGACGGGUGCAGCGUCGCAGGUUCGGCCGGCCUCGGUCCUGCCCGCCGAGAGGUUGCACCAGUGA